AUGAUUGAGGAUGUAAUCGAUUUCAAUAUUGCCAAAUAUAUCAUCCAUAAAUGCUGCUCAUCAAAACUUUUCGGUGCUGCUAUUGCCGCUGCAAUGUCUGCGGGCGAUAAAAGAGAAAUCGCUGGUUGA